AUAAUCUGGUUUCCCUUUUUGUUUGUGUAUUUCAGGCCAACGGCAGGUUGAAGCAGAUUGAAAAGGAAUACAGACAGAAGCUCGCCAAAUCUUCACAGAUCAUAGCUGAACUUAAGACAACCAUUUCCUCUCUGACAGAGGAAAGGAACCAGCAGCAGCUUGCUGGAGAAAGGCGUCUGCAAGAUGUUUUACAAAAGUUUAAAGAUGAGAAGCAGCAGCUGAUUAGAGAUAAUGACACAGCAAUCAAGGGCUUACAAAAUGAGAUUGAGAGUUACUGCAGCCAGGUUUGCUCUGCAGAAAAGAAGCUGCAACAGAAAGAUCUGGAGACACAGGAACAGGUGACUUCUAUACGGCAAGAAUAUGAAACCAAACUGAAAGGUCUAAUGCCAGCAUCUUUGCGACAAGAACUUGAAGACACAAUUCUCUCAUUAAAAUCUCAGGUAAAUUUUCUACAAAAAAGAGCAUCUAUCCUACAAGAGGAACUGAGCACAUAUCGUACCAGAAGGUAAUUACUGGAGGUGACUCUUUUAUUCCAGUGUCGAAUGGAUUUCUUUCAGCAGGUUUGAAGAUUUGGAUCUUUUGAAUUAAUCUGGGAGAUCAGUGAUUGUUCCAUAAAAGCAGAUUGUGUAAUUAGGAAUAAAAGUACAUCCCUUAUUCAUAAUGGUAUUUUAAGUUACUACACAUUUGAAUUAUUUUAUCAUUAUAAAAAGAUUCUAUGUUUUUGAUAUAUUCACUACAUGUAUCUUAUUAAUUUACUUAUGAAAAACAUAAUUUUGUUUGAUCACAUUGCUUUUGUCACUUGUUUCAUAAUGCAGUUUUGUUUUUAUACAUGCUAAAAUCAAGUCCUUAUUAUAAUUAUUAUAUUGUCCAAAACAUUGUUAAAACAUAUAUGGUAUU